UGAAGGUUUUAAUGGAUUAUAGCUUCGUGGACUGCCACUGUCACAUAUCAGCCACCGAGUUCCAAAAGGAUCUUCAGGAUGUGAUCAACAGAACCAGACAGCAGGACAGAGACGACCAGAUGAGGGUCUUCAUCAGACAGCUGGAAGUGGCGCAGGAGCUGGACCUACCUGUGAACGUCCACUCCCGGUCAGCGGCUAAGGUCACCAUAGACGCCAUGAGACAGCAAGGGAUCAGCCGAGCUCUGCUGCAUAACUUUGCUGGGAGGCCGUCGGUCGCUCUGGACGGGGUGAAGGCCGGUUACUUCUUCUCCUUCCCCCCCGCUGUCUGCAGAAACCAGCAGAGAGACAAGCUCAUCCAGCUGAUCCCUCUGGAACACGUGUGUCUGGAGACGGACUCUCCGGCCCUGGGGCCCCACCGACACGAGAGGAACGAGCCGGCCAACAUCGCUCUGUCCUGCUGCUACGUCGCUAAGGUCAAAGGUCUGUCCCCAGAGACGGUUCGGCUCGUCACGACUCAGAACGCGUACAGACUGUUCAGCAGAACCCGGCCAUGAGGCUCCAUGAUGCAGCUGUGGACACGUCCCAGUCAGAGCUCACAUUCCUGGAACAUGAUGUUAUUACGCUAACCUCGCUGCUUUAGUGUCCUGCCUGAAAGCUUAACAACAUCUCAGCCAGAAUAAAAGAAGUUUAUGAAAAA